UGACUAAGGUCAAGGUCACGAGAAUGGCGACUGUUCGGACUGUCAGUCGUCGAUGUAAUGGGUUGUUUCGUUGUUUACCGAAAAUUACAAAUGAAAGUAUAUCAAACGGGUCCGGUGUAUUUGAAAACAAGUUUUCAUUUCUACAAGAGCAAAAAUUCAAACAUAUCCAACCAUCCUAUAUAACACAGAGUAACCGCUAUUUAUUUAAAAUACCAAAAAUAACAAGUCCGCUUGCGAAGGGGAAGAAACAGGAAUAUUCUGAAAGAAGGCUACUAGGCUACAGCAUGGAUCAGAUGUACACAGUGGUAGCAGAUGUCCAACAUUAUAAAGAGUUUGUGCCAUGGUGCAAGGAAUCUGUAAAAUUUGAUGAAAGACCUGGAUAUUGCAAAUGUAAAUUAGAGGUGGGAUUCCCACCUCUCAUAGAACGUUAUACAUCAAUAGUUACUUUAGCCAGACCAAAUCUAGUAAGGUCUGAAUGCACAGAUGGAAAGUUG